AGUUGCCGAGAUUUUAUUUAAUUUACUUUUGUUUUAGUUUCGUUUUUCUGCAAUUUUCUUAAGUGAGUGAACAGAGAGGGAGAGACAGAGAGGUUUACCAUCCAGCAAUCAACAAAGCAUAAAAACUAUAAUAAGUGAAUAUUCAAUAAAAAAAAUGGAAAUUAAGCAAACCUAUUACGGUCAGCAGUGAGCGCCAGAGAAGCACAUUUCUCUUCCCUCACCCACACUAAACCGUGCGCCGAUGGAAAUUGAUGAGAAUUUCCGAGUAGCAAUGCGAUUGCCGCCAGCUUCUGCAAGUGUCAUUGCAAUUAAAAGCGCCUAAUUGCGCUAAAAUGAGGCAGCAAGCAACAACAACAAUAAUAUUAACAACAAUUUCAGUGGGUGUGUCAGAGGAGUAGUGUAAAAAUACAAAGUAGAAAACAGCAAAUGCAAUUUAAAGUGACUAAAAACGUGCAAAACACAACAAAAAGCGAAGGACUUACAUAAACGAAGCAAGAAGAAGAAGAGGACGAAGAAGAGAAAGAAGUAGAAGUAGAAAAAGAAGUGUAGUCAUAUCAGCCAGCUUGAGCUGUAAUAACGGCGCUGGAGACGUGUAGACGCCAUGUUGCGGCCGACAUCGUGUGGACCGGGGCCACCGUUGCCGCCACCACCUCCGCCACCGCCGCCAACGCUAUCAACUGCGGGCGGCCGCGUCAACAACAAGCGCUCACGGCUUGCGGGCAAAUGUGUUGAAACUGUGGCGCAAAAACAGCUAAAGUCAAUAGUUGUUGUGGCCGAAAGUGUGGCAGAGUCAAAAGCGAAAAUCGCAACAACAACAAGUAGUCGAGUCGCAGCAGCUGCCGAGCGCUUGGCUGCCAAUACUGCGGCUGAGCGAACUGAAGGAUUGCAGUCGGCCAAAGCUGAUGGUGAUUUUUGCAUACCAACAACAGCAACAACGGUUUUGGUUUGCACAACAACAAAUUCGAGCAAAGCGUAUACUACUGUAAUUGCUGAGUGCGCCAAACAAAACAAAAACAAUAACAAUUGGUCAAUUUUCAAAUUACCCAUGCUGCUGGCAACUGCCUGGGCAACAAUAACAACAACACUAACAGUGGCCGUCGCAAAAACCGACUUUGAACCAAAAAGCGUUGCGAAGCAAGUAAAAAAUGCGACCGGCAUGCAGACGGCAACAGUUGGCGUUGUGGACACAACAACAGAAGCAUCAGCAAAAACAACAAAAACCGAUGCAAAUGCAAAUUCGGAGUGUUCAACAACAAUGGCAGCAACAGCGCCAUCCAUAAAAUGGCUGCUUAUGUGGCUAAUGCUUUUCAGCGUAAUGGCCCAGGCGCCCCAACAUCAAGUCGCUGCCGAGAAGAGCAAACACUAUUAUAUGCAAGCUCUGUGCAAGAAUCACUUUCUGCAGCAACUUUAUCGCAAAAUCGACGGUGCUGUACUUUGGUCGCAGAACGAACGGAAUCUGGAUUGCAUCAUAACAUUCCAAACGCAUUCGAUAUUGCAACGUUUCAUGUUGCGCUUCGAUAUGUUGCAACUAGAUUGUAAUGAUCAUUUGUAUGUCUAUGAUGGAGCGCACGCUGUUGCCACACCGAAGGUUGAUAUCUCCUGCCGCAAUACCAAACAAACGGUCAGCUCUAUAUUGACACGCACAAACUUUGUCACACUCAAAUAUGUCACCGACAAUUGGGGUACAGAUGCGAAUGGUUUCAAGCUGGUCAUAACAUCGGUGAAGGAUCCAAAACACACCUGCAAUGAUUUCACCUGUGCAGCGCGUGAGUUUUGCAUAAGUCCGGAUUUACUCUGCGAUGGCAUUAAUCAUUGUGGUGACAAUUCUGAUGAAUCGGUGUGCCAAAGCGAAACAGCUGCUACGGUCUUCGGUGUCGACAUGACCUGGUUCGUGCUGAUCGUGGUUGGAAUAGUGCUGGUUUUAAGCGCCGUUAUUGUCGGUAUUUCGAUAUGCGUUUGCAGGCGGCAGGAAGAGUCAAAUCUCAACCAGAAUACCGCAAUACAAAUGCAUCACACCGCCGAAACGAAUGGCUCAUCGAAGCAUUUACAUUAUCAUCAUGGCGGCACAUUGUCGCGCGAACACACACAACUGCCCCCGACGUCGGGAAACUGGCAUCACCCUGCGGGACCUUACGGGUACCACCGCAUUCUACGCAACUUAUCGAAGAUGGCCACCAAAGUCCGUCCCAUUUGGUGCUUAGCAAAUUCCGUCAAUUAGGUCAAGAUCUUUCACAUACAAAUCCGGCCGCUGCCGCCGCCGCCGCUACGGCGGGACUCAAUCAAACGAACAUUUCAGUAGCUAAUCAAAAUGCCGCCGCCGCCGCAGCGGCUGCUGCAGCUGUUGGUGCUGCACAGAAGGAUGAAUGGUUCGUUUAGGUAGAGAUCGAGGUUCGAGGCUGAACAAAAGCUUAAGUGAAGGGAUCAAUUAGACUACAGGAAAAUGUUUUACUUAACAAUUUUUUAAUUGAAACAAGGAUUUUGCAUGGCAUUAAAUGAAGACUGUACAAAAUUUAACAACAACAAAUUUAGUGGACAUCUACGCGCAGGGUGAUCGUUAAGAGAUUUAUAGUACCCAAAUCUCUUGGCGUUGAGCACGAAAAUUCUCAGCAUGUAUUUUGCAAAAGCAUGACAGAAUUUUUUUUGUCGGAUAAUCAACGCAACUUGUAUAUAAAUUAUAAAUAAAUAAUUAAUUUAAUUUAAUGUA